ACAGGCAGGGCAGGGCGUGGCGCGCGCCUGGCUGGCUGACGCUCUGCUGGGGUUGCCAGGGUGACGGGGAAGACAACAUGGCGCGCUGACAGGGCGAAGCAGAGAGGGAGGAAGGAGGGGAGGGGGAGAGACUGUGGCUGUGCUGCGACCGCGCCCCCUCCCCACCGGAAGGAGACCCGGCGGAGGAUGAACAAAUACAAAACAAUUGGUAAGAUUGGAGAGGGAACCUUUUCUGAUGUUCUGAAGGUCCAAAGUCUGAAAGGUGGACAGUAUUAUGCAUGUAAACAAAUGAAACAACACUUUGAAAGUAUUGACCAUGUGAACAAUCUGAGGGAAAUACAAGCCUUAAGGCGACUGAAUCCACACCCAAAUAUCCUUGUAUUGUAUGAAGUGAUUUUUGACAAGAAAUCUGGUGCUCUUGCAUUAAUAUGUGAACUUAUGGACAAGAACAUUUAUGAACUGAUCAAAGAGAGAAAAAAGCCAUUGCCUGAAAGGAGAAUAAUGAGUUAUAUGUACCAGUUAUUCAAGUCUCUUGAUCACAUGCACAGGAAUGGAAUAUUUCACAGAGAUGUGAAACCAGAGAAUAUAUUAAUAAAGCAGGACCGUCUCAAAUUAGGGGAUUUUGGAUCCUGUAGGAGUAUACAUUCCAAACAGCCAUAUACAGAAUACAUCUCUACUCGCUGGUACAGGGCGCCUGAAUGUCUUCUGACAGAUGGCUACUACAGCUACAAAAUGGACAUCUGGAGCGCUGGCUGUGUGUUUUAUGAAAUUGCAAGUUUCCACCCUCUUUUCCCUGGAUCUAACGAACUGGACCAAAUAUCAAAAAUCCAUGAAAUUAUAGGUACUCCCCCCAUGAAGGUCCUUAAUAAAUUUAAGCAGUCAAGAGUGAUGAGCUUUGACUUUCCAAUAAGAAAAGGGAAAGGAAUCUCUCCAUUUAUGCCUAGUCUAUCCAAUAAGAGCCUUUCACUUAUAUAUGCAAUGAUACAAUAUGAUCCCGAUGAGAGAAUUUGUGCCCACGAAGCAUUACAGCAUCCUUACUUCAGAGAACUGAGGUGGGCAGAGAAACAGGCCAUGCGCAGAAAAAUGAGAUUAGUAGAAAAUCCAUUAGAAAGAGAGUCUCUCAGCUUGCGGCGUAUUGCAAAGGAGGAUCAAAGGCAGAACUUUAGGCAAACCCAGGAGUAUCCAUUGGGACUUCAUGGACUUCCCUAUGCAGUAGAGUUGCCAAAAGUGACAGUCCCUGCAGUCAACAACUUGACUUCUUACUCUAACCCUACAUUUCAGUCAAUUUUUACCCUCCCAGCAACCAACAGACAAGUCCAGUUGUUGCAGCCUAUAACAUAUUUUGGGACACACCACAAGUCUGAAAAACAGAAAGAAUUUAAAUCUCCUGUGAAACAGUACCAUUUGCCUGCCCUGGAACGAAGAGGUGGAGGAUACUGAUGGACCAAGAAUCCCGUGUGCUCUCCAUAUUCUUUAAAAGGUACACCAAUGGCAAGUGCCUUAUAUCCUCACAUGCUGCAUCAAGACAUUACAUUCCUUUGGGACUUGUGGUUUUUUUUAAAGGCGCCAACUGUAAAAGCACCAUUUUUGUAGCUCAGAAUGCACCUUGAUUCUUUUUAAUCUCCCAAUAUACAAAACUUUUGUUUUCUUUUAAGUGAAUCAUAUAUUUAAUUGUACUGUGUUGUUAGAAUGAUUUUGUUACAAUUUUUAUAUUAAAUGCUACAUUGUCUUUAUUUAUGACAUGUUAAAA